AUGGUUUCUGAGGGAGGAGAUUCGCCUGUGGGAGCAACAAAUGGCGACCGUGUUUCUGAAGAACGCCUUUUUCAAGCUCUGUAUGAUAUGGAGGUUUUCCGGUUGGGUGAAUACUACUUGAAAUCUGGACAAAUGACUCCUAUCUACAUUGAUCUUCGCCGCACCUUCAGCAGUCCAAAAACUUUGCGCUUGGCUGCACAGACUAUCUGCGACAUUGUUAUUGCCAAAGGGUUGCGAUGCGAUUACGUCGUCGGCGUCCCAUAUGCUGCACUACCUUUAGCAACGCAUGUGAGCGAUAUUUUGGAUGUACCAAUGUUAAUGAAGCGUAAAGAGGCGAAAUCCUACGGCACUGGGAAACUGAUAGAGGGUGUGUAUCAACCGGGCGGCACAGCACUUAUUGUCGAAGAUACCGUUACCAGUGGAGAGUCGAUUCGUGAAACUGCUGAGGCUUUGAGGAAGGAGGGUUUAAAGGUAACCGAUGCUGUGGCAGUGCUGGACAGACAGCAAGGAGGUGCUAAGGAGUUAGCUAAGUAUGGUAUCAACUUUCACAGCACGCUCACCAUGGACAAAAUUCUCAGUGGUUUAAUUGCAAAAAAGCAGAUUACUGAGGAGAGAAAACGUGAAAUAAUCGAGCAUCUGAACAAGCCUUUCUAA